AAAGAACUCAGACAUCCGGUUCAUGUCGAGGUAAUGUACCGUUACGCGAUUUUCGGAUCUAAGAAGCAGUGUUGAUAAUAAAGCGACUCAAAACGCGUCCCUGAGAAGCCAGGUGAGAUUCUCUGUGAUGUCGUCGUCGUCGUUUUGUACUUAUGAUAGCUCUCUCCAACUGGACAUGUCACAGACACUUAUGAAACACCAUGGACCAAGACUCAGAGCGUGCUCGGUUUGUGGAUGCCCACUGGGCGACACUUGUCCAGAAAGUAAUCAUGGUGAUGCCGAUAGCGGAUGAGCUGCGGUCAGCUGGUAUGCUGGAGUGGGAGCCGUACUGUAGGAUCAAAGCAGCAGAUAUAAACCAGGAGAAAAUGAGAGAGUUUUAUGAAGUACUGCACUCUGGAGGAGACCAGGUUAAAUCUGCCUUUUAUUCUAGUCUGGAAAAGCAUGAGAAAUGUCUGUUUAGAGCCUUGGGUAGCAUCGCUGAAACUGCAGAAGCUCUUGUGAAAAACUUAAACAAAUAUAAGAAGUGGAUCCAGAAGGAAUAUGAAUAUGUGAGUGAGUAUAACUCUCUGCCUGGUGAAUAUGUGCUGCUGUCCAAACGCUAUACACAACCUCUGAUCAUCACGAGACACAGAGAGAAGAGAGAGCGAGAAGAAGAGAUGUGCUCCGUGGGAGAGAGUUUCCAGCAGCUUCUCACAUCCAGGAAUAAUGCGGACAAGGGCAGCUCGAUCUUGGAUGCGCUUUUCAGUGCCGAUAAUAAGGGAGUCAAUCCUACUGCUGUCAUUCUUCAGGGGAACUCUGGGCAUGGCAAAUCCUUCACUGCUCAAAAGAUCAUGCUGGAUUGGGCAUCAGGAAACCUCAGCAGAGAGGAAUUUGAUUGUCUUUUUCACUUGAAAUGCAAGGAAUUGAACCACAAAUCUGGAGAGCAGAGUUUGGCGGAGCUCUUGAGCUACAACUCCAGUUUAACAUCGGACGGGAUCUCACAGAUCCUGCAGAAGUCACCAGAGAAAGUUCUCAUCCUCAUUGAUGGAUUCGAUGAGCUCAGGUUUUCAUGUAGUGACACAUCGAAUAUGCCAAAACUCAGGCAUUUCUCUGAAAAAGCUCCAACUGAGGCUUCUCUGAAGGCCUUGUUGAGGGGCCACAUCUUGUCCGAGUCCUUCCUGCUGGUCACCACCAGAUCUACAGCUACAAAAACCCUGGGCGGUCUGCUCAAGCACCCUCAGCGCUUCACUGAGAUUAUCGGUUUCUCCGAGAGGGAGGUGGAGGAGUACUUCAAGAGGUUCUUUCAGGAUCAAGAACUCUUCAGGAGUGCUUUCGAGUGCGUGAAGGCAAAUGAAACCCUCAUCACCGCCUGCUCCAUCCCUGUUAUCUGCUGGAUCAUCUGCACGGUAAUGCGGGAGAGGUUCAGUGAUGGUGCGGAUGCGACAAGUGGACUGGAAACCACCACCUCGAUCUACGUUGACUUUGUGUCCACUCUACUGGAGCAUCACUGCCAGGGUUUGAGUCAGUCCGUCCUGACCCUGCUGAGGAGUCUGGGUCAGCUGGCAGAGAGAGGGAUGCUGGAAAAGCAAGUCCUGUUUGAAGAGAAAAGCAUGCAAGAGACGGUUUCAGGUAGUCCAUUUCUGUGCAAGUUCCUCCUUAAGAGAAGAAUCCGCCAGGAGACGAUGUUCUGUUUCAUGCAUCUCAGUUUUCAGGAGUUCUUCACCGCUCUCUACUACAUCUCACUGGAUGAAAGAGAGUUUCUGGAUAAACUAACAGAGCGAUUCCACUCUCAAACGCAAAGCUAUCUAUCCCUGUAUUUGGAUGAGAACUUUCCACUGAAGUAUGGAUGUCCUGAACCUCAUUUUCUGCCUGUGAUUCAGUUUCUCUGUGGUCUCUCUAAUAAAGAAGUGAGCUGCACACUUGAAGAGAUGCACAAUCUGUCCGUCCCUUCCUUUGUACAGGCACAGCUGGAAGAAUGGAUCCUCCAUGUUAGCACAAGUGGAAACUACACUUACUUGCCCUUCAUUCUCCACUGUCUCUAUGAGCUCCAUGAGAAAGAGUUUGUGCAGAAAGUCAUGGAAGCUUGGCAGGUGUUAAACAUGUCCUGGGAUCAGCUGAGCAGGACAGACUGCUGGGCGUUGUUGUAUUGUCUGGACUGCUGUCCUCACUUUAGAAGCCUGAAGAUCAACUUUGCAGCUGAAGAGCUGAAGAUGCUUCAGCCUGUGUUGUGCAGGACCCCAGAACUAGAGUUGACUGUGCAAAACUUUUCAGACACAGAUGUCACUAAUCUGCUCUCAGCUCUUGGAGAAGGAAAGCAUCUGAGAGAACUGAAGCUGAACAGCAGCUGUCUGUCAGAUCAAAGUGUGCUGCAGGUUCUUAAUGCUCUGCACAAACAGAAGAGCGUUGGUGGACUUCAGAUUGUGGUGAAAAGCAUCUCAGCUGACACUGCCCUCAUCCUCACAGACUUCCUGCAGAGCAAAUUGAAAUGGGAGGAGAUCAGUUUAAAGACAAAUGAUGCAGAGAGUCUGUGCUCGUCUCUCCGGCUCUUCAGCUUUGAAGGAAAGCUUGUGUUGAAUGUGGUGAGAUGGUGUUCAAGCCCACAGAAUGAGCCGUCACUGUCAGAAAUCAUUCUGAAAUGUCCACGUUCAGAGGCGUCCAGUAUUAAUAUCAAGAGCUUCUUACAGGCGUUUCACAGUGUAAACUGUAUAACAGAACAAAGUGCAGAUUUUGACAGGCAGGUCGAUGCUCUGCUGUAUCAGCUGCCAUCUGUGUCUGGUUUAAGUGCCAUAAAUCUUUCUGUUCCCCUCCUGACGGAGACCUGGGCUUCCAGAAUUCUUUUCCUAGUUGAGUCUUGCCCUAGACUUGCUGUGAUCAGUUUUCAUGCUGGUUUAUGGGGAUCUGAAGGUGGUCAGUGCCUCCCUGGUCUAUUAAUGGAAGAGGGAAUCAAGUUACUGAAAGAAUCAGCAAAACGUCCAGAGUGCAUUGUGAACAUUAGAGGGUUCAGAUGCAGAAAAUCCUCUGACCGCUGCACUCGUCACACCGAGCAGAUCGAGGAUCUCAGUUGCAACCAGAGAGUGACCAUUGAGUUCCGUGGAGAGAAAUGUACAGAAGACAUAAAAUCUAAACUUGUACUGCCUGAUGAAAACUGAAUCUCUUGAACUGGUCUUUAUGAGUCUCCCUGGUGAAGAAAUUAAUCUUUGUCUGUCUAAAGAACCUCAAUAUAAUAACUAUGUGUGAAAUUACAGAGACACAAUAAUGCAUGAUAAAUGCAUAAACAGGAGUAGAAUGAACUUUGUUAGAAUUAAAUGUUCUGUGUCCUGUUUGUUAAUCCUGCCUGUGUAGACAAACUGGUUUAUACAGGUAUUUGUUUUGUACUAUAGAGGCAAGAAAAAAAAACUUUUUUUUUUUUCAACAACCAACUUUAAUGUGUCUGAUUAUUGUAUGUAUAUUGCAUAUAUGAACACUGCAGUCAUGCUCGGAUCCAAAAUAAUCUGUCUGGAAAGAGUAUGUUUUGAAUCAGCCUGAUUGAAAAUUAACUUUUCGAUUCACUUAUGGUGAGAAAACAAACCAAGACAACGAACCAUUGCUUGACUCCCGCUCUAACUGAGACAUUAUAUACAGUUGCAAGAAAAAGUAUGUGAACCACUUGCAGAAUCUGUGAAAAUGUGAAAAAUUUGAACAAAAUAAGAGAUAAUACAAAAUGCAUGUUGUUUUUUAUUUAGUACUGUCCUGAGUAAGAUAUUUUGCAUAAAAGAUGUUUGAAUAUAAUUCACAAGACAAAAAAAAUUGCUACAUUUAUUAAAAUGACCCCGUUUAAAAGUUUGUGAACCCUUGAUUCUUAAUACUGUGUGUGGUUACCUGGAUGAUCCUUUUUUUUUUUUGGGAUGGAUGUUCAUGAGUCCCUUGUUUGUCCUGAAGUUAAACUGCCCAAUGUUCUUCAGAAAAAUCCUCCAGGUCUUGCAGAUUCUUCAGUUUUCAAGCAUCUUUUGCAUAUUUAAACCCUUUCCAGCAGUUAUUGUAUGAUUUUGAGAUCCAUCUUUUCACGCUGAGGACAAUUGAGGGACUCAAACACAACUAUUAAAAAAGGUUUAAACAUUCACUGAUGCUCCAGAAGGAAACACAAUGCAUUAAGACCUGGGGGGGGGACUUUUUGAAUUUGAAGAUCAAGGUAAAUUGUAUUUAAUUUGUCUUCCGGGAAACAUGUAAGUGUCUUCUGUUGCUUCCGAAGGGCAGUACUAAAUGAAAAAAAAUUAAUUUUAAAAUAAGAAAAGUUUGGACAUCUUCAUCCUGUUCAAAAGUUUUCACCCCUGGCUCUUAACACAUUGUGUUUCCUUCUGGAGCAUCAGUGAAUGUUUGAACCUUUUUUAAUAGUUGUGUUUGAGUCCCUCAGUUGUCCUCAGCGUGAAAAGAUGGAUCUCAAAAUCAUACAAUAACUGCUGGAAAGGGUUUAAAUAUGCAAAAGAUGCUUGAAAACUGAAGAAUCUGCAGGACCUGAAGGAUUUUUCUGAAGAACAUUGGGCAGUUUAACUGUUCAGGACAAACAAGGGACUCAUGAACAUCCAUCCCAAAAAAAAAAAAAAAAAGAUCAUCCAGGUAAGUAGAUCAUCCAGGUAACCACACACAGUAUUAAGAAUCAAGGGUUCACAAACUUUUAAACGGGGUCAUUUUAAUAAAUGUAGCAAUUUUUUUUGUCUUGUGAAUUAUAUUUAAACAUCUUUUUUCACAUUUUCAGAUUCUGCAAGUGGUUCACAUACUUUUUCUUGCAACUGUAUAUAAUGUCUCAGUUAGAGCGGGAGUCAAGCAAUGGUUCGUUGUCUUGGUUUGUUUUCUCACCAUAAGUGAACCGAAAAGUUAAUUUUCAAUCAGGCUGAUCAGAGCUCAGUUUAACUGCUCAGGACAAACAAGGGAAUCAUGAACAACCAUCACAAAACAAAAAAACAGCCGUAGAUCAUCCGGUUAAGUGUUAAGAAUCAAUGGUUCACAAACUUUUGAAUGGGGUCAUUUCAUUACAUUCAGCUAUUUUUUUGUCUUGUGGAUUAUCUGUAAACAUUUUUUAUGUAAAAUAUCUUACUCGGGAUGGUACUUAAUAAAAAAUAACAUGCA